CACUCGGCUGCUCCCGCGGGGCAGAGAGCCGGGACACGGCGCUGGAGCGGCACCGCAGCCCAGCCCCGCCGCUGCGGGGAGGAAACCCCCCAAACCCCGCCCGGAAACGGGCGCGGCCUGAGGAACAGGGCGGGGCUGAGGGCGGGCCCUGCGCGGGUCCCGCCUCAUCUGCUCCCGCCCCCCGAGGCCCCGCCCCGGAAGUGUCGCGGGCGCGGGGCCGCGCCGGCCAUGGGGAAGGAGCAGGAGCUGCUGGAGGCCGCGCGCACCGGGAACCUCCCGGCCGUGGAGAAGCUGCUCUCGGGGAAGCGCCUCAGCUCCGGCUUCGGCGGCUCCGGCGGGGGAGGCGGCGGCGGCGGCUCCGCGGGGGGGGGCGGCGGCGGCGGCGGCGGUGGGAGCGGCGGUGUGGGACACCCGCUGUCCAGCCUGCUCAGCAUCUGGAGAGGGCCCAACGUGAACUGCGUUGACAGCACUGGAUACACCCCACUGCACCACGCUGCUCUCAACGGCCACAGGGACGUUGUGGAAGUUCUGCUGAGGAACGACGCCCUCACCAAUGUGGCAGACUGCAAGGGCUGCUACCCCCUGCACCUGGCAGCCUGGAAGGGAGACGCCGACAUCGUGAAGCUCCUCAUCCACCAAGGCCCUUCGCACACCAAAGUGAAUGAGCAGAAUGCUCUUGAGAUCAAAGAACUCAAAAAGUACGGCCCCUUUGACCCAUAUAUCAAUGCCAAGAACAACGACAACGAGACGGCGCUGCACUGCGCGGCCCAGCACGGCCACACCGAGGUGGUGAAGGUGCUGCUGGAGGAACUCACCGACCCCACCAUGCGCAACAACAAGUUUGAGACCCCCCUGGACCUGGCCGCGCUCUACGGGAGGCUGGAGGUUGUCAAGAUGCUCUUGAACGCCCACCCAAACCUUUUGAGCUGCAACACUAAGAAACACACUCCCCUGCACUUGGCAGCCAGGAACGGUCACAAAGCCGUGGUCCACGUCCUCCUGGAUGCUGGCAUGGACAGCAACUACCAGACUGAGAAAGGCAGUGCUUUGCACGAAGCUGCUUUGUUUGGCAAGACAGAUGUGGUACAAAUAUUGCUGGCUGCAGGUAUUGAUGUGAACAUAAAGGAUAACAGAGGCCUGACCGCUCUGGACAUUGUGAGGGAACUUCCUUCCCAGAAAAGCCAGCACAUAGCAGCUCUGAUUGAAGAUUACACCAUUGGGAAGAAAAGUGCCAAAGCUGCAGAGAAGUCCUCUCCAGCCCCGCUCGCUCCCGCCGCCGAUGCCACGGGCCGGACAGCUCAGGGAGACGUGGACAAAGCCGUGACAGAGCUGAUCAUCAAUUUUGAGGUGAACCCCGAAGAGGAGAGCCCCUAUGAAGCGCUGUACAACGCCACCUCCUGCCACUCCCUGGACAGCCUGGCCAGCGGGAGAUCCUCCGACCGGGACUCUGGGAACAAGGAAGCUGAACCCGGCGGCCCCAAGGCGGCCGCAGUCAGGCCUAGAGAACGUCCCCCACCGCCAGCCAAGCCCCCGCCCGACGAAGAGGAGGAGCAGCAUGUGGAAAAGAAGAUAGGUCACAGUGCUCCCUCUGAGGCCUCUGCUGCCUGGGGGAAGAGCAGGGGAAGUGGAGCUGAGGAAGAGGAACACCCGUACGAGCUGUUGCUUACAGCAGAAACUAAGAAACCGGUUGCAGUGGACAGGAAAACAAAAGACCACAGGAGGAGCAGCGGUGGCUGCAGCCAGGACCCUGCUGACAGCCAGGACAUCCAGGUGCCAGAGCAGUUUUCAGGGUUGCUUCACGGUUCUUCUCCGAUCUGUGAGAUAAGUGAGGACCCUUUCAGGCUCGUUUCCUCUGCGGAGAAGGGGGGCACAGAAGCUACAAGCCAGCCUGCUGGUAUGCAGGUGGAGGAUGCUGACUUACCUGGCUCAGGAUCGGUGCGGGGCAGCUCUCCCGACCGGGACCAGGCGGUGGUUUACGCCACGGUGCAGCACGCGCACGUCAGCCGGGCGGAUCCUGUAGUCACGCCCCACGUGCCGCAGCACCCCGGCGGUGCUGAGGAAGAGGGGGACAGAGCUGUGGGCAGGGCCCACCCGGGCAGCAAGCCCAAAGCCGAGCUCAAACUCAGCCGCAGCUUGUCGAAGUCGGACUCUGACCUGCUGACCUGCUCCCCGACAGAGGACGAUGCCAUGGGGAGCCGCAGCAAAUCGCUCUCCAACUGCAGCACUGGGAAGAAGCGGCUGGAGAAGUCCCCGUCCUUUGCUUCGGAGUGGGACGAGAUUGAGAAGAUCAUGAGUUCCAUUGGUGAAGGCAUUGACUUUUCCCAGGAGCAGCAGAGGAUCUCAGGUGUGUACUCAGCGUGUGUCCACCUGUCCUGGCAGUGCUCUGCACACAAACAAGGUUCGCGGAUGCUGGAGCAGAGCGUCGGGGAGUGGCUGGAGUCCAUCGGCCUGCAGCAGUACGAGAGCAAGCUGCUCCUGAACGGCUUCGACGAUGUUCGCUUCCUGGGCUGUAAUGUCAUGGAAGACCAGGACCUUCGGGACAUUGGGAUUGGGGACCCGCAGCACCGGCGGAAGCUGCUCCAGGCUGCUCGUUCCCUCCCGAAGUUGAAACCCCUGGGCUGUGAUGGGAACAGCCAGCCGUCAGUUCCUGCAUGGCUCGACUCCCUGGGGCUGCAGGAUUACAUCCAGUCCUUCCUCUCGAGUGGCUACAGCUCUAUUGACACUGUGAAAAACCUCUGGGAGCUUGAGAUAGUAAACGUGCUGAAGGUGAACCUGCUGGGCCAUCGGAAGAGGAUCAUCGCCUCGCUGGCAGACAGGCCCUACGAGGAGCCCCCGGCCAAGCCGCCGCGGUUCUCGCAGCUGAGAUGCCAGGACUUGAUGUCCCAGACCUCAUCGCCCCUGAGCCAGAAUGACUCCUGCACAGGCAGAUCUGCUGAUCUCCUGCUGCCCUCGGGGGACACCAGCAAGAGGCAACACGACCGUGGCACUGAGGUUGCUCCCUACUCCAGAGCUGAGCGCUACAAAGCACAGGAGGACCGUCGGGAAUCCAAGCUGACCCUGCGCCCCCCCAGCCUGGCUGCCCCAUAUGCCCCAGUCCAAAACUGGCAGCACCAGCCCGAGAAGCUCAUCUUUGAGUCCUGCGGGUACGAGGCCAAUUACUUGGGCUCCAUGUUGAUCAAAGACCUCCGAGGGACAGAGUCUACACAGGAUGCUUGUGCCAAGAUGAGGAAAUCCACGGAGCACAUGAAGAAGGUCCCGACCAUAAUCUUGUCUAUCACAUACAAAGGGGUGAAGUUCAUCGAUGCCUCCAACAAGAAUGUCAUUGCUGAGCACGAGAUCCGGAACAUCUCCUGUGCUGCUCAGGACCCCGAGGAUCUCUGCACAUUUGCCUACAUCACCAAGGAUCUGCAGACCAGCCACCACUACUGCCACGUCUUCAGCACUGUGGAUGUGAACCUGACGUACGAGAUCAUCCUCACGUUGGGGCAGGCGUUCGAGGUCGCCUACCAGCUGGCCCUCCAAGCCCAGAGAGCAAAGCCUCUUGGUGCUGGAGCAGGAGAAAUGAUUGAAACAAAAUCUUCCAAACCAGUGCCUAAACCGCGAGCCGGCAUGAGGAAAUCUGCGGUGCCGCUCCCUCCCGACACCCGCUGUUGUUACUGUCACACCUGUACAACACACCGCCCCUCCUACCUGCCGCUGCAGUCUGUUAGUCCCGGAGCGAAGCUGGAUCCCCCUGAAGUGGACCAAGACUCCCAGUCUCAUGCCAGUGUCUCCUGGGUCGUGGACCCCAAGCAGGACUCCAAGCGGACCCUCAGCACUAAGUAUGAGACCACUAUCUUCUAAAGCCGACACCGCGUCCGCCCCGUCUAACCGUGCCUUUGCGAUCUGAUCUGUCUGCUCUUCUAAACUCCCUCUUCCUCCAGCUGCUCGCCCUGAGCCCGUGUAGGCACCACGUCCAAGGCAGCAGCACUUAGGAGACUGUAGACUUAAACAGCUUUUGUACCUGAUCGCUGCUGAACACUGUGAAUCUCCUUACUCGGAAACAAGGGUAACGCGCUGUAGCUGAAUGUGAGGCGGGAGGAGCAGAGGGCAGGCUGGGAGUCGGAGAUGUGGAUCCAGGAAAGCCGCCUGCCGUUUUCACGUCUUCCCCCUCGCUCUGGCACUGUGAAUCCCUGGGGCAAUGUGACACUCCCCAGGCCUUUUUUUCUAUCUCACCUUGUCCUUGGACUGAUGGAGACCUCUUGUCUCUGCGGUGCACACACUCCCUUCUCCUAGAUCCUCCUCUUCCCGACUGAGCCACGGCUGUAUACUGUUCAGUGAACUCACCUCUCCUUCCCUGCCAGUCGAGUUGACACUAACCACUGUGAUGCUCUCUGCAAAUAACACGCGGGCACUCCAUUUCUCCCGGUGACCCUUGCCCGCAGCCUCGCUCCCCAAAGCCCGGCACAGAACCCGCUCCGCUGGGGGAGCGCUGGUUUGGGCCGGGUGUGAUCGUUCCCACUGUGAGCUCUGCCCCUCGGAGAUGAGGGGGGGGUUGGUUGCAUGCAUUUCAGUCCCUUGUAGGUUUUUCUUCACCCCAUAGUCCUCCUGUUUACACUCAUCAGACUACUCGUGAGCUCUGGGCGUAGUUCUCAUGGGGCAGCCUGUGGUUAAGCUUCCAAAGGCACAUGUUGCUGUUAGCCCCGGGCUGGGGAGGGGAGGUGUGGGCUGGACACCGAAAGCAGCAGUUGGCAUCAGCAGGGAGAGGUCAGGGAGCAGCCCUGGGUUAUUUGCUCCUCAUGUUAAGGGCAGCAGCAGCUUGUCCAAGCUUUGGUGGGGCUUUAGAGCUGCUGCCUCGAAGCUUCCAUUUCCCCAGACUUGCGGCCAAAUCUGAUGUUUCAAAGUCUUUAUUUAGCUCUUUCUCAGGAAUGAGUUUGAUCUCCCAAGUCAUUUGUGACUUAAUGGUACUGAGUGGCAAACUGACUUCAGACUGAGGGCUGUGCUAGUGAGGAUCCAAGCAAGAGGACUAAAAGUAAAAGGACUGUCUUGGGGAAAAAAAAGGAAAGCUCAGUCUAGUAAAUACAUUUCAUGUGCCACAGAGCCCCUGAUAUAGAGCCAGCACUGCCCAGGUGCUGCAGUGCCACCCUGCCAGCCCAGGCCUUGUGGACAGAAUGUUGCUGUGCCUCAGGUGCUCCUCGAGGCUGAGUUUGGGUUCCAUCAGCAAAAUUCCAAGCUGUAAGAGUGCCCUAAGGUUUCUGUAUCCCUCAAAGAGAAACUGCCUCACUGGUGGGGGUGGCAGUGCAGUUUCUACGUGUAGGCAUUCACCAUGCAGUUGCCACACGUCUGCCCCACUUCAGAGGAUCUGAGCUCUGAGCUUUUCAUCUCCCCCUGCUCUCAGCUGGGAAGGGCAGGUUCCUCCACACUUCCUAAAUCUGGGUCACUAGAGCAUGUGCCUUUCUAAGGGUGACCAAGCCCAGCAGGGAUCACAGGCAGCCCUGCCCAAGCCACGACACUGCCAGUGUGUGUCCGUAGCCCUCACUCUCGUGUCCCAUCUCCGGGGCCAUUCGCCUCGUCUUUCCCAGCACGUGUUUUUGUAUGACUUGGAAAUUCAUUCCAUUAUCUCCCUUUCUGUUUGCCUCUGCGAAGCUGAGCUCCAGGCAGCUGUCUCCUACCAUGGAAUGUAGUUACGGGGCAGAGACCUGGGACGCAGUGGCUGCUGACAUGAAGAUCAUCUCCCUCUGGCACAGGCGGCUGCCUUGGAGUGGGUGCGUGGCUGCUCGGUGAGGGCUCCCAGAGCAGAGGGGGAAGGGACUCAGCCCCCGCUGAGGAAAACCACUCUCUCCUUUCCUAGCGAAGGAAACUUGAGACUUGGAGGCAGAGAGCGAUGUCGCCUUUUCUAGUUUGAGACAAACGUCUUUCGACCUGUUUCUUUUUUAAGUGUGAAAUGACACAGAGCAAAUGCAGUUCACGGUUUCAAUGUAGCACCGCAGCUUUUGGUUGAGGAAAAAACCCGAAAUAUUUACUGAGAAUCCCACAGUCCAGCGAGGAGUACGAUAGAAAGUCUUAGCAGGGGCAUGGUGUGCACAUCUCUGACGGUACUUACUCUGCUUCAGCUCUGGGUGAACAGGAGAGAACGCCAAACUCUUGGAUAUUGCUUCCUCCCGUGUGAGAGCCGUGCGGGGUAAGUCUGCAUCCUGUUCUCCAAGCCACUCCAUGCUUUUGUAGCAAAUGGAAGUAACUUGAGGAAAAGAGUCUGCAAAGGAUCUUUCCCCCCAGAGUGGUUGUGGCCAAUAUCCCCCAUGGUACAAAGCUUCCUUAUCCCCUGAACUGUCGCGUUGCAAUACUUGACAUUUCUAUGGCAAGGACCCCGUUUCUUCCCAUUUCCGCAUUGAAUUCCUGGGGACGACUCCCUCCUCCAGCCUCUGUGCACCUGUCUUGUUUUUAAAUGCAGUUAUGCCCUGAAGGGUUGGGGGUUUUUAAGUAUAUUCAAUUGUGAUUUAGCACUUUUUUGAUACUAGCUCAUUAUUUAAUUAGUGCAACAGUUUCAGAAGAUGAACAAAUAAGGAGUUAAACUUUGGGCAUUACACUGAAACAGUCCAUUCCUGAGGAUAAACCACAUCAGCCUGAGGGUGGCUUGGCCCUGUGCAAGCCCAGUGUCCCCAAAGACACAACCUCGAAGGUGCUGUGUGCUUGCUUUCCUUUUGAAUUACAGAGUGUUUAACAGUGGUUUGGGCUGUGACUGACGUGUUUUCAGACUGUUCCCCUCAGGGGAGAAUAUUAAUAUAGUUGUGAUUUAAAUUCUUCAGAUGCAAAAUGUAGCGCAGUGCGUCCGUUACGAUCUUGUCAGGCCUUAUCAGGGCUGUGGGACCUGCUGCUGCACGGGAACACUGUGCCCAGGUAAUUCCUGUUUAACUCCAGUUGCUGCUGUAUGUCAGGAUUUCCUUUAAUCUCUCUCACAGUGAGGCUGGGAGAGAAGCAAACCAUGAUCCUGAGGGCUCAGACCUGUAAAGGAUUGGGAGGGAGAAGUGAAGAUUUUGGGUGAAGCUGAUGAAUUUAGGAAACCUAACAUUCCUUGUUAUGCACAUGUUGCAAUUCAUACUGGUGUUAAGUGUAAAUAUUUGGUGUGUUGGCAACAAGUCGUUGGCGAGAUUGCAAAUUGAACCUCUGUUUGGGAGGUUUCUUUUCUGACACGUGAGCUUUUUGGAGGUUGGCUUGGAGGUGACAUGGUGAUGAAGACUCCAAUCUUCAGGGACUGGGCUCGGUGACCCUGGUGGUCCGUUCCAGCCCCACGUGUGGUUGUCUUUAGUGAUCCAACCGUUCUUUAGCCAGAUACUCCCUUUCUCACCUGACAGAACAGUUGUUUUAGCAGUUCAGUGUGGUGGGAUCUCUCAAGGGAGUCAGUGCUGGAGACUGACCCUGGGCCGUGCCAAUUGCUGGCUCCUGGCCACAUUAACCCACCCACUGCACAGUAUUCGGGCUCUUCCUCCCUGCAGGGUUUUGUGGUAUCUGGAGGAAAGUGCCCCAAAUUUCUGGUGCUGAAUAUGACUUUGCAUCAAACUGCAUCUGCUGUAUUUACCUGCCUGGGAGAAGGUGGGGCUGCCCUGGGCCUUGUUCCCCUCUUUAAGGACAGAUUGUGUUUCACAGACUUUGGUUUGUGGGCUGAGCCCUCACUCAUGGCCGGCAAACGGAGAUGCUCAGUUUUGUCUUUUUUUAUACAGGAGGGGAUGAUUUUUUUUUUUUUCAAAUUGAAGAUGCUUUAUCCUUUUUUAUUUUGUGUUUACAAAGAAAAAAACAGCGCUAAUCUUAGCUGUUCCGCUGACUUUAAACUUGCUUUGGGAUUGUUCUUUUUAGAAGAAAUUAUGCAACCUUUUUGGGGUACACGCCUGUCCCCUUCCCAGGGAGAAGAUAUGGCACCUUCCAGGCUGUACAUGUGAAUUCUGUACCUUCAGGAGGCUGCUGAGACACAGAGCAGAUGCCAAAUAGCACCAGAACACGUCCCGUUCUGUGUGCAGCUGAGGUGGAGCCAAUGCUUUAAUGCUCCUUCCACCCACCUCAUAAGUUUCCAGCAGCAGCGUUCCCCCAGCUCUGCUCACAUCAGUUCCGUGCCGUCAGACCUGUGGUUUGGAGCUGGUACAGGGCUCACAACGCUGCCUUGUUGCAAAGGUCUCCCUUUUAGGUCUCGCAUUGGUAUUACUUAAUUGCAUUUUUUUUUCCCAAAAGAAAGUACCUGUGCUGCUCUCACUAAGUCAACCCAGCUCAGACAUUUUUCUUACCCAUGGAAGAAUAACCUGGGAUUCCCUGACAGGGUAGAGACAGUCAAGUUCAGUUUGCAAUGUGGACAUUUUUGCUAAUUGUGAUGUAUGGCAGUGGGGCUGAUUUGUAUACAAAUGUUAUUUAAUCUGUCUGUAUUUUGAUACUUGAAUUUCCUUUUAUUUCUUGUAUAUACAAUUGUUAAUCUGUUCGAAUUUGUCUGAAUUUUAAACAUCUUGUGGUACCAAACGUAACCAAUCUGUGCAACAACAUAGACUGACCUCACUACAACAAGGCGAGAUUGUAAAUAUUCCUGGGCUUCCAGCAGUCGUUUUGUUGUUUUCAUAAUUGUACAACUUAGAACAGACCGAAUUAAUAAACAACCUUAGACCCA